AUGACGGCACUUUGGAGUACAAAAGUUGUUCCAGCCGAUCAGAUUGCAUCGGUGGACGUGCGAUUGAGGCGUGGAGUUGCCCGCUGCUCGGUCGAAGAACGGAUCGACGAGUUGAACGCGUUAAUUCAUAUCGAGUCCGAUGACAAGCAAAUCCGAAAUAUGGAGCCGUUCUGGUUUAUGCAACGGAUCGCCGAUGGCACACGGACUACACGCUAUCCAUGCGAGCCCGCCGAAGAAGGAAAGCCGACCUCGAUUCAUUCCUUGAUCGAAUAUGUGACGAUCACCGCGCUGCAGGCUCAGGAUAUGGAAAUUCUGAUCUUAGACGGCAUCCCGGACAAAUCAUUGUUCCGAUUUUAUGUCCCGACACAAGACACAUCUUUCUCCCAAUCGAUCUCCGUCGACAACAAUGAGGAUUCAACGACUAUGGGCUCCCAGCACUGGAGUCUGCCGGCGUUGACAUUUGAAGGCUUAUGGCACAGUCUAAUCUUUGACGGACCGAUAAAGACAGAGUUGUUCUCCUACGUUCUCUCCCUGAUCCGACUCGCUUCGGCUGGCGUCGACACGAAAUACGUGAAUGUCAACAGGCUCAUCAUGUUGUUAGGACCUCCUGGCACUGGAAAAACAUCACUAUGCCAGGCGCUGGCCCACCAGAUGUCGAUCAGCCUGCAGAAGAAGUUCCCGCGAUCUGUUUUGAUUGAAAUUAACACGCAUUCACUGUUCAGCAAGUGGUUCUCGGAGAGUGGUAAGCUGGUGAUGAAAAUGUUCGAUCAGAUUGACGAGGCGGCCGAGGAUACGAAGAAUUUUGUGUUUGUGCUGAUUGACGAGAUCGAAUCCCUGGGCAUCAAUCGAAGCGAUUCAGCGUCUCGUGGAGAUCCAGCCGAUUCAAUCCGAGCUGUCAACGCGCUUCUGACGCAAAUCGAUCGGAUUAGACGACGGCCGAACGUCUUCAUCAUGUGUACGUCAAACUUAAAGGAAUGUCUGGACCCGGCUCUCGUUGAUCGUGCCGACUUGAUUAAACUAGUCCCAACUACCGGCCGGGCUGGCGUGAUGAAGAUUUUGACGGAAGCGGUUAGCGAGUUGAAGCGGGUUAAACUAUUGGAAUUCCCCGAAGACGCCUCGGGUGAAUGUGCGCUUCUGGAGGUGUUAGUAGAGAAGCUGGUUGGAUCGAGUGGCCGAUUUUUGCGUAAACUUCCGGCCCUCAUCUACGCGAACUCUCGAAAGGAAAAACUGACGUUCACGGAAUUCCUGGACGGCCUCGCACAGGUGAUAUUGGAACGUGAGGCUGAUGCAAAGAAA